GUUGGUCAUAUUGGAAAGGAUGCAGUGACUCGUCUCAAUCGCGUAGCCAAAGGGGUCCUCUUGCAAACAACCACACCAUUAUCACACUGUGAAUCCUGCAUCUUAGCCAAACACCCUCAUCAGCCUUUCCACUCAUCUGAGACUGAGUGCACUGACACCUUCCUUGAUCUUAUACACAGUGAUGUGUGCGGCCCAAUCCCCACUUUAAUGACGCACGGCAAACGUUACUUCAUUGUCUUCCUCGAUGACCAUUCC